AUGAGUUCGAAAAUGCCUUUAGCCGGUCCAAGUCUGGCCAUCUUUAUCAUUUCCAUAGUCAUGAUGAUUAUUUCCAUUGUGACUGUGUCGAUGAGGACCUUCGUGCGACUCUAUCUUGUCCGGGCCUUUGGUUGGGAUGACGUCCUUAUGCUUGCAGCACUAGCCUUGUUCUUGGGAUUGAACGUGUGCUCGAUUGUUGGGGCAAAGAACGGGGCUGGCGGUGAUAGAAGUGAUUACACAAACUACGAUGUCUAUCGAAUAGCUCUACUGUAUUGGUGGCUCAGUCAAAUUUUCUACAUCUGGGCAUCCGUACUUGCCAAAAUAUCUGUCGCCGUCGCCCUCCUUCGAUUAACUAUCGAAAAAAUCCAUCGAAUAAUCCUCUUGUGCAAUAUCGGACUCACAAUAGCUGUCGGCUUUAUGUUUUGGAUGGUCCUGCUUCUUGAUUGCCAUCCAGUUUCGUACUUUUGGAAUUACGCGGAUCCUUCGAAGACAGGAACGUGUAUGUCUAAGGAUGAUUUGGUCAAAGUCGCAUACGUUUACAGCUGCUUGACAAUUGUAACCGACCUGACGCUUGCGAUCUUACCAAUAUUUCUUAUUUGGAAGCUGCAGAUGAGUUAUCGGACGAAAAUUGCAGUCGGAGGAAUGCUCAGCAUGGGCGCAAUUGCGAGCGUCGCGGUCAUAGUCCGGAUACCCUUUCUCCGCUUCUAUGCCGAUACCAAUUUCCUACAAUCUACCUACCAAAUAGCGAUAUGGUCCGUUAUCGAAACGGGUCUUGGAAUCACCGCCAGCAGUCUUUUCACCCUCCGUCCGCUCUUCCGGUGGCUUCGUCAUGAAAAGUUCUCAUACGAUCGACACACCCGCCCUUCUAGAAGAGGCUACAAUGAAUACCAACUCUCCAGUCUCAAUAAAGAUGGCCUGAAGAAAUCUCAUCCGAGAGUUUUGUCUCAUGCAGAUAUGCCCGGAAAGAAAAGCAACGUGAUAAACACCGUGAACCUCCCACCGUUGCGGGAUUUUAUCACUUCCAACAUCAGCGAAGAGGAUUUAUACCCCGAUACGAGACCUAUUGCUUCAAGAAACCAUAUCACUAUCCAAAAAACAUUUGCACAGACGAUCUCAGAGCGACACAGAUAA